UUUUUCUUCUGGAGGCGGUCUCCCGGAGGGGAAACGGACCGGAAGUGACGUAAGCUAGUUCCGGUUGGCCGGAGCCUUGCGGUGAGUGAGAGAGUCAGUCGCGAGCCGCUUCCAGGAUCCGAGAUUCGGAGAUCCGGAGAAGCCGGAGUCAGAGCGGCUCCUCAAGAGUUACUGAUCUAUGAAAUGGCAGAGAAUGGAAAAAAUUGUGACCAGAGACGUGUAGCAAUGAACAAGGAACAAUAUAAUGGAAACUUCACAGAUCCCUCUUCAGUGAAUGAAAAGAAGAGGAGGGAUCGGGAAGAAAGGCAGAAUAUUGUCCUGUGGAGACAGCCACUCGUUACCUUGCAGUAUUUUUCUCUGGAAAUCCUAGUAAUCUUGAAGGAAUGGACCUCAAGAUUAUGGCAUCGUCAAAGCGUUGUGAUGUCUUUUUUACUGCUGCUUGCUGUGCUUAUAGCUACGUAUUAUGUUGAAGGAGCACAUCAACAGUAUGUGCAACGUAUAGAGAAACAGUUUCUUUUGUAUGCCUACUGGAUAGGCUUAGGAAUUUUGUCUUCUGUUGGGCUUGGAACAGGGCUGCAUACCUUUCUGCUUUAUCUGGGUCCGCAUAUAGCUUCAGUUACAUUAGCUGCUUAUGAAUGCAAUUCAGUUAAUUUCCCUGAACCACCCUAUCCUGAUCAGAUUAUUUGCCCAGAUGAAGAGGGCACUGAAGGAACCAUUUCUUUAUGGAGCAUCAUCUCAAAAGUUAGGAUUGAGGCCUGCAUGUGGGGUAUCGGUACAGCGAUCGGAGAGCUGCCUCCAUAUUUCAUGGCCAGGGCAGCUCGCCUCUCAGGUGCUGAACCAGAUGAUGAAGACUAUCAGGAAUUUGAAGAGAUGCUGGAACAUGCAGAGACUGCACAAGACUUCGCCUCCCGGGCUAAACUGGCAGUUCAAAACCUAGUACAGAAGGUUGGAUUUUUUGGAAUUUUGGCCUGUGCUUCGAUUCCAAAUCCUCUGUUUGAUCUGGCUGGAAUAACAUGUGGACACUUUCUUGUACCUUUUUGGACUUUCUUUGGUGCAACCCUGAUCGGAAAAGCAAUAAUUAAAAUGCAUAUCCAGAAAAUCUUCGUUAUCAUAACAUUCAGCAAACACAUAGUGGAGCAGAUGGUGGCUUUCAUUGGUGCUGUCCCUGGCAUAGGUCCAUCUCUGCAGAAGCCAUUCCAGGAAUACCUGGAGGCCCAGCGUCAGAAGCUUCACCACAAAAGCGAAACGGGCGCGCCGCAGGGAGAAAACUGGUUGUCCUGGAUGUUUGAGAAGUUGGUUGUUGUAAUGGUGUGUUACUUCAUCCUGUCCAUCAUUAACUCCAUGGCACAAAGUUAUGCCAAACGAAUCCAGCAGCGGUUGAACUCAGAGGAGAAAACUAAAUAAGCAGAAAAGUUUUAACUGCAGAAAUUUAAAUGGACGGGUUCUGCCUUAAAUUGGGAGUACUCCAAACCAGGAAGGAAAAUUCCCUUUUCCAACCUGUAUCAAUUUUAAUUUUUUUUUUUUUCCCCCUGAAAGCAGUUUAGUCCAUAUCUUGCACUGACAUACUCUUCCUUUGUUAAGGUAAGGUAUCUACCGUCAAUUCAAUCCAAAUUGUAUUUUAUUAGGGUGGAAUGUGAUAUUAAGCAGCAAACUUAACAAAGACUGGCCUUCUAUUUGUUACUUUCAAAGGCCCACAUGGUACAAUUAAAGAAUUCCGGACACCAAAAAUAAAAAUGGUUCCUAAGUAUGUCAAAUAUGUCAAGCUUUUUAGGCUUGUCACAAAUGACUUCUUUGUUUUUCUAAGUCAUCAAAAGUGUAUAUAAAUUAUACUAGAUUGGAUAACAGUCUUGCAUGUCUAUCAUGGUAAAAUUUAAUAUGCCAUCCUGCCCAACCCUUCCUCUCUCACCUUUGAAAAAAGGCCAUUUUAUGAUGCAUUGCACACCCUCUUGGGAACUGAUCUUUCAAUUUUGAGACAGUAUAAGGAAAAUCUUGUUGGUGUCUCGCAAAUGAGCUGACACCAUUUUUUAUUCUGUAUAUUUAGAAUGAAGUCAUGAAAAAACUUUAUAAAGACAUCUUUGAUCAUUCCAAAAUUGUGUCCGUUUUCUUGAGCGUUUUGAUAUUUUUACUUCCUUUUAGCUUCUACCAACUAAAUGCAACCUUGCCAUAUCCACCUACAACCGCAGUUUCUUAAGCCUUCAUUUAUUUGCAUGAAAGGGCCACCACCAAAGCAUUUUUUGUUGGGCUGGAAUUGGGCAGCUGGCUACACACUGCUGAAAUGGCACCUUAGGGACUGGUAUAUCAAGGGGACUUCUUGGCUUGUGAAAACAGGAGGGAUGACAGUAUACAAAUCAAAGGACAUGGAGAGAAAAAUGACUCAUUUUUUAAAAAAACAGGCUUUCUCAUAUCUGUUAAUUUUUAGCCCAGCACGUACUCUGAUUUUAACAGACAGAAAUUUACUUUUAUAUGUAUCCUAAUUUUCUUGCCUUUCUUCAGUAAGUGUUUUGUUCUUAUGUGAUUUUUCCUUUGGGAUGUUUCUGGUUGAACUUGGUCAUUUUGUUUUGCUUGGGAAAAAAAUAAACAGUUUCACUUUUUUCCUUUAGGAAAAUUGGUACUGACAUUAUGUUGAGUGUAGAAUUGGAUUUAAAUCUCAACAGGCCAGAAAUGCCUGGUUUGUUUUAUCAAAUCCUGCCUGAAUGUCUGCUUGUUUUGCCUACCGUCGUGACAUCUCCAUGGCUGUACCACCUUGUCGGGUAGCUUAUCAGACUGAUGUUGACUGUUGAAUCUCAUGGCAACAGCAGUCGAUGGGCUGUCUGACAUUUUGGUAUCUUUCAUCUGACCAUCCAUAUCAAAUGUUCCCAUUCAAACAUUACCGAGCAUCAUGGUUUACGAUUAAAAAAUCUGGUCCUUAUGUCUACUGGCACUUUCAAUCUUUUAUGCCAUGAUAUUGUAGCAGUAUCACGAGGAUUCUGUGGAAAAUUGGGAUAGUCUCUGUGAUCAAAGCUAAAUAAAUAAAGGACAAGCAACGUGCCUUGUGGGUUUUGGAAAGGUUACUUCUUAACAAUCUUUUUCCCCCCACCCAGAAACUUUCUAGCAGUAUGACAGUUACUUACAUGAAAAGCAGUACCCAAAUGCUUUAUUUUAAAUAGAUUCACAUUAACCAGUAUAAUUUUUUAGAUUCUUUAGCGUUAGUAUAAGUCUCUAAAUCAGCUUCCAGUUGUGUUUCAUCUCCUUCACCUGCAUUUUAUUUGAUGUUUGUCUGAAGAAAGGAAAGAGGAAAGCAAAUAUGAUUUGUACUGUUUGAACUAAAUCUUUGAGAUUUGUUGGUAAAUUUAUUUCAGGGUAAAGUAUAAGAAAAACAAAGACUUGUUUCUUAGGCUGAAGGUCUAAGUGAUUUAUAAUACAUUUGACUUGUGAUGACGGCUUGUUCACUCUUUCAAAUGAAUUUGCUUUGAAAACAAAUGAAGAGCAGCUCUCCUCCUUCCCUCCACUAAGUGUUCAGGUGUGACAUGUUAAGGUGAUUCUGCUGGAUUCCAGCUGGAGCAGUGUGCUACCCUUCUGUUCCUGCGGUUGGUUUGUUCCUUUCUUUUAUCCACCAAAGUGGACGCAAACAACAUGAUCCCAAAGACAUGCCUAGUUAAUUCCAGCUGACUGGAGACCAGAAAAUUUGUAAAUGGUUGGUUUGAUGUUACUGCAAAUAAAACAAAGGGCCUGGGAAUUCUUUUGAUUCCAUCUCUA